ACAAAUCGAUUUCUCAGUUUCUGUUCUGAUUAUUUUUCAUACUCACUUCUGAAAGUGAGUUACAAGUGUCAACAAGAGAGACAAAUAAAAUUCGAGAACGUAUAAAAAGGUUGCAAAAAAUGUCUUUUUUCGACAAUCCAGAACAGUUAAAACUGUUGCAAAAUCUCUUGAAUCCCCGUCGAAACCGUCCAGGUGACGACAGCAGCUGCAGCGAAGACGAGGAUGAGUCCCCAGUGGCGAACAGACUAAAUCCUGGUAGCAUAGGGUCCGGCUCAUCCAAGGCCAAACAAAAAACCAAGAAGACGCCCAAUUUAGUUACGACUCCUUUGGAGGAGAAGCCAAAGCAGCAGCCAACAAACUUAGAGGAAUGGCAGGAAGAACAAGAACGGCUAGAUGCCGAUGAGCUGGAGACUCGAAAAUGUCCGGAGUACACAAUGACGUAUCGUCAGGCUGUGGGUACCGAAGAUGUCUUUCUGCAGAUGGGAAACCGAACAGGUGCAUCAUCUAGCUGUGAGGACCUAAUCUUAGAGAUAUCUUUGCCCGACGAGGACAUGACCGCCGAUAAAAUGAACCUAAGCUUGCAGGAAACUGAAUUGGAUCUGGGCACUACCUUAUAUCGCCUCAAGCUUGCCCUACCCCAUCCCGUUGACGUAGAUCGAUGUCAAGCAAAGUACGACGUCGAACUUCAAAAGUUACGCAUCACUUUGAGAUUGCGUAGGGAAUUGGACUAUGUUAAUUUUUAACUACGAAAAGUUUACAACACAUCAAUUGACAUCAUGGUCCUUAGUUUACGACAAUCCCCUACGUUCUCUGUUGGAUCCCUUUAUAAGGCAUAUCUGGGAUCUUAAUUUUAAUUUAAUAGCAUUCUAUUUCAGACUGCAAGCUUGGCUAAACGAAUUUUCCUAAAUUAUCACGUUGAGACAUAGUUUUAGUUUUUAAAUAAAUUAAUUUGUAACGUA